AUGACAUCCAACGACAGUCUCAAUCGAUACUCGAUGCCAGUUACCCGCUCGAGGACUGGAUUGUACGACGUUGGUCUUGACCAGACCAACACUACUCGGUUUCUGUUUGGUGACGAAGAGCCAAGUGCGUUGGGUCACGUUAGUGCCCCAGACGAGAACUUCCCAACCCUUGUUCGUCGGGACGACCAAAUUUUAUCUGCAUCUUCGGCUGCUCUGGAUCUUGCCUUGGCCCCGUCGCCGAACCCAGAAGUUUCAUCUUCGAGAGGCUGGAGCCGCGUUGUUAACCGUCAUCGACCCCAGCAGAGCCUGUCCUCGAUCAACGGAAACACAAGCCAAAUUGGCGACAUUGGUAGUCUAGGCAGUCGACCUAGCUCCGUGCGCCACUCCCUCGAUCUGAAGUACAUCUCCGAAAACGCCAACGAGACCGGUGGCUCUAUGUCGUCUCCAGGAAACCAGAACAUGGCGACCCCGCCCAAGCUUCAGAGCUCAUUCUCCGCCAACGAUGUCCCAACUGUUAAGAACCCCACGGGCUCGUCGAUGAAUGCUAACAACCAUGCCAACAACCACGCUCAGCAGCACUUUCACAACCACAACGCGAGCCUUGGUCGCAUCCCUGCUGGCGCUGUUCCCCGUGGACACACGCGCGAGAUGUCGGCUGAUAGUGUCAACACGAGCCGUGAGCAGGCCGGCGCCUUUCAGUCGAUCCAAACUGCUCUCCAGGCAAGCGCUGCACCCUUCGGUCCUACUACCACGACCGCUGCGCCCCCCACCUCAUCUAUGGUUUCGUCCCCAUCUGGCGCACCCUCCAUGAACUCCUACAACAACGGCUUCUACCAGGCCAAUGGCUACUCUUCCCCUCAGGGUGCCCCACACCCGCCUGGUGCUUUCAACGUCCCUAUGUUGGCCGCUGGCAUGCAGCAGAUGAACAUGAACGGGGCAAAUGGUGGAAACAUGUACCCUCCCCAAAACUACGCCGGAUUUGGGUCGCUUUCCUACGGUCAGGGCAACCAACCCCGUGACAGUCAAGCUCGUGUUAUUCAGCACCGUCGCCAGCUUGAUAACGAAGCCAUGUCCCGCUACCAGAACAUGCCCCUCGAGUCGUUCGCUGGUCAGAUCUAUGACCUGUGCAAGGACCAGCACGGCUGCCGCUACCUCCAGAAGAAGCUCGAGGAGCGCAACCCCGAACAGGUUCACAUGAUUUGGCUUGAGACUAACCAGCAUGUCAUCGAGCUCAUGACGGACCCAUUUGGUAAUUAUUUGUGCCAAAAGCUCCUCGAGUUCUGCAAUGACGACGAGAGAACUAUUUUGAUCCAGAACGCCUCUCAGGACAUGGUGCGCAUUGCUUUGAACCAACACGGUACUCGCGCUCUUCAGAAGAUGAUCGAGUAUGUCAGCACACCCCAGCAGGUUCACCUCAUCAUCGAGGCCCUCCGCUUCCGCGUGGUUGAGUUGAUCCAGGAUCUGAAUGGCAACCACGUCAUUCAGAAGUGCCUCAACAAGCUCACCGCCAUUGAUGCUCAGUUCAUCUUUGAUGCUGUUGGCAACAACUGCGUCGAGGUCGGCACCCACCGUCAUGGUUGCUGCGUUCUCCAGCGAUGCAUUGAUCAUGCAUCCGGCGACCAGAAACUUUGGCUGAUCCAACGCAUUACUGAACACGCCCGAAUCCUGGUUCAGGACCCCUUCGGAAACUACGUUGUCCAGUACAUCAUUGAUCUCAACGAAUCAACCUUCACUGAACCCGUUGUGGGCAUGUUCCGCGGCUGUGUCAGCCAGCUGUCUCGCCACAAGUUCAGCUCCAACGUCAUCGAAAAGUGCCUGCGUUGCUCCCAGCCGGUAUCCAGAGACAUGAUUGUGGAAGAAUUGCUGGUGCCCGCAGAGAUGGAGCGUCUUCUUCGAGACUCCUUCGCCAACUAUGUCAUUCAGACUGCUCUCGAAUAUGCCACACCUCACCAGAAGUAUCGUCUGGUUGAAUCCAUUCGCCCCAUUCUCCCGCAGAUUCGAACCACUCCUUAUGGACGUCGCAUCCAGGCCAAGAUCUCUGCCUUUGACAACCGCGGCAGCGCUGCCUCCAGUGGUCAAGCCACCCCGGCUGAUAACACUCAGGGACAGAUUCCUCUGCGACCGGGCCACUCUCGAGGCUUGUCUGGCAGCGCUGGUCCUAUGGCUCAAACUAAUGGCAUCACCAACGGAGGACUUCCUGGCUUGGGAAACCAGGGCAUCCGCCAGAACAUGCCCGCGUACCCUGGGAGCUCUGCUUUGACUGUUCCUGCUCCAGCCACCGCCGGUGGUCCGGUGCAGCCGCCUCAGUUUGGGCAAAGAGCCCCUGGCAAUUUCUCUCCCUCGCGCUCUACCAACGGCAGUGGCAGUGUCAACGGCAAUGGUAACUCCAAUGGCAACCCGGUCGAGAAUGGCGAGGCGCACUGGGUGUAA